GUUAAACGGCAUGGCGGUGGACGCACUCGUGGAGUCGGUCACCACGUACCGAAGCCGACCUCUUUGGGCUCAUUUGUACGCAGCUCCAUUUGGAGUGUUAUACGCUAGUUGGUUCUACGUGUGGUUGUCGUUUUACGGUGCUGACGAGUACUAUGAACUUGGUUUCAUCGGAGCAGCUAUAAUCUGUCUUAUACAAGCUCUCAUAAUUCUGUUUUGUCACUGGUUCGUCGGUGUUAAAUGCGCACUUUCCUGCAUACAGGAAAAAGAUCCACGAAAAUCAACUCUAGCCAAAGUUGUCCCAACGCCUAAUAAUGGAUGGGCUGAGUUGGUUCCCCUUAGAAGGACGCAGAGAGCUGGCAGUACAAAGAUUUGGUUUGAGUUUCAAAAAGUUCAUUAUACUUUGGAUGAGGCCACAAACACUUUCAAAACAGUUAUAUUCGAUUCGCGUAAGCCAAUGAAGUACUAUCAACAAUCUCGAGGUAUCGAAAGCGACGAUCAACUGGGAGAGAUCAAAUAUCUUCUGGGAGAUAACAAGACAGAAAUGGUGAUACCACAGUUUUGGGAUCUAUUUAAAGAGAGGGCAACAGCUCCGUUCUUCGUUUUUCAGGUGUUCUGCGUUGGUCUUUGGUGUCUAGAAGAUAUGUGGUAUUAUUCUCUAUUCACGCUGUUCAUGCUGAUGACGUUCGAGGCCACCCUAGUGAAAGCUCAGCUGAAGAAUAUGCAGGAAAUCCGAAACAUGGGAAACAAGCCAUUCAUGAUUCAGACGUAUCGGAAUCAAAAAUGGACAAAGGUGAAGUCAGACGAACUUGUCUCGGGUGACAUUGUUUCCAUUGGGCGGUCUUCCGAUGAGCAGGCUGUACCAUGUGACAUGAUUCUAUUACGAGGUCCGUGUAUUGUUGACGAAUCCAUGCUCACAGGAGAGUCUGAGCCUAUCGAAGAUCUCGAAAAAGACAGAAUCUUUGAUAUCGAUGUAGACAGCCGCCUUCAUGUGAUUUUCGGCGGGACCAAAAUUGUUCAACACACUCCUCCGGGAAAGGGAGUAGAAGGUCUGAAAGGACCGGAUAAUGGCUGUAUUUGUUGUGUACUAAGAACAGGAUUUAACACUAGUCAAGGAAAACUGUUAAGAACGAUAAUGUUUGGUGUAAAGCGAGUCACUGCGAAUAACCUCGAGACGUUUUGCUUUAUUCUAUUUUUACUAAUUUUUGCAAUUGCUGCCGCUGGUUAUCUCUGGGUUGUGGGUAGUCAGGAUGAAAAGCGUAACAAAUAUAAGCUGUUCUUGGAAUGCACACUUAUUUUGACCAGUGUUAUCCCUCCUGAAUUACCCAUAGAACUUUCACUGGCUGUUAACACCUCAUUGAUCGCUCUUCAAAAGCUAGGAGUAUUUUGUACCGAACCUUUUCGAAUUCCGUUUGCUGGCAAAAUUGAUAUUUGUUGUUUUGACAAAACUGGGACGCUUACCACUGACAACUUAGUCGUUGAGGGAAUCGCAUUCAGCUCUAGUGAAGAGAAUGGUAUUUUGAAAGCGGUUGCUGACGUCCCGUUAGAAUCCAUACAGGUCCUUGCUUGUUGUCAUAGUCUCGUUCGAUUUGAUGAUGAUCUCGUUGGCGAUCCCCUGGAAAAAGCUUGCCUAACAUGGUGCGAUUGGUCGCUCACUAAAGGAGAUGCUGUUCUGCCACCGAAAGGAUCCAAGUUGACUGGCCUGAAAAUUUUCCACCGUUAUCAUUUUUCCUCUGCAAUGAAACGAAUGACAGUAGUCGCUGGAUAUCAAAUACCGGGCUUCCAAGAGCCAAAGAUGAUAGUUGCAGUGAAAGGAGCCCCAGAAACUCUGAGAUCUAUGUAUGAGAAUGUCCCCAAGGAUUACGAUGAGGUUUACACAAAUCUCACCAGACAAGGGGCUCGUGUUCUCGCUAUGGGCAUUAAAGAUCUACCUCAAACGAGGCUUGGAGAGCUGCGAGAUACCAAAAGGGAAGUCUUGGAGACAAAUCUGCGAUUUGCUGGAUUCGUAGUUAUAUCUUGUCCUCUCAAACCGGACACUAAAGCAAUGAUCAAGGAGAUUGUGGAAAGUUCCCAUAAGGUGGCCAUGGUGACCGGUGAUAAUCCAUUGACGGCAUGCAAUGUAGCUAAGGUUCUGAAAUUCAUCAGGAAGAAGGUUCCCACGUUAGUACUGGAUGAGCCAAUGGAUAAGUCCGCACCGUGGAAGUGGAAGGCAGUGGAUGAAUCUGUAGAAUACGACCUCAUCCCGUACACCAAUAAGCAGCAGAUGAAAAAGUUCUUCAUGGAAAAUGAAUUCUGUCUCACUGGACCGGCAUUUGCAUAUUUGUUGAAUAGUGAGCCCGAAUUUUUACGGGACAUCAUUAUGCACGUUCGAGUUUUUGCUAGAAUGGCUCCUAAACAAAAGGAACGUGUAAUUAAUGAAUACAAAUCUCUCGGUUGGAUAACAUUGAUGUGUGGUGAUGGAACCAACGAUGUAGGUGCCCUGAAACAUUCCAAUGUCGGUGUCGCUUUACUAUCGCAUCCCUAUGAUGCUACAAAGGCUGAGCAAAAGGAAAAAGAGAAAAAGGAGAAAAUCGACGAGGCGCGCCGUCUCAUGCAUAUGGGUGCAGCUCCUCCCACACCAGCGGGUAUACCAAACGCUGUGGGAAGACGCGGAGAAGCUCCUCCCGGUGCUAGGGCCAGAAGUACACACCCUUCUGUGGUAAAUGCACAAAACAAGCUGGAAAAGCUCAUGAAGGAACUGGAAGAAGAAGAGCGAGCAACGAUUACAAGACUUGGGGACGCAUCUAUUGCUGCUCCCUUUACAUCUAAUGAUACUCAAGCUACGAUUCAAGGAUUACUUCUUGCAGCUUGUUUCCUAUUCGUCUCUCGCUCCAAGCCUUUAAAAACGUUAUCAAAACAACGGCCGCUAAGCAACAUCUUCAACGCUUAUACGCUUUUAACUGUUACCGGUCAAUUUAUUGUACACUUUGGAUGCUUACUGUAUGUUGUGAACAAUGCUCAUGCUGCCUCUCCUACUGAGGAAAAGGUGGAUCUCGACGCGAAAUUUACGCCAAGUAUUCUGAAUACAAGUGUUUACAUAAUCUCUAUGGCAUUACAAGUGUGCACCUUCGCUGUUAACUACAGGGGACGACCUUUUAUGGAAUCCUUACUAGAGAACAAAGCAAUGCUCUACAGUGUCCUGAUCUCAGGAGUAUCCGUUUUCAUGUUAGCUGUUGGCGCUUCGGAUGAUGCUAUGCAACAGUUUGAAUUAGUGGUGUUACCUCUGGAGGUUCGUGAAGCUUCAUUGUAUCAGUCUUCUUUAUUGUGGUUAGUUGAUCAGUGUGGGCUACGGGACAUUCUUGUCUACUGUGUUGCUUUCGAUCUCGUCGCCUGCUACACUAUUGACCGAGUUCUCAAUUUUCUUCUAGGGGAUAUGUUCUAA